AUGUCUUCUACAAUUAUUUCCAAUGAUCCCAAUAACUCAGAAUGUAUUAUUAUUUCAUCUUCAAGUUCCAACAUUUCAAAAAAACAUAAACAUGAAGAAAUUUCAGAAUCACUCCAAGAAAUUAUUGAAAUAUCUGUUUCUAUCAAAGAUUGUGGAAUUUGUUUACAUAAAAUUAGAAAACCUUUUACUUUUUCUUGUUAUCAUUUCUUUUGUAUUAAAUGUGCUUUGGAUUUUUUAAAUUCUCCUAACAACACAUAUCGUUGUCCAUUAUGUCGUGAUGGCUUUGAUGAGAAUGAAAAAGAAAUAUUAUUACAACGAAUUAAUUUAUCAUAUCAUAUACAGGAUGAACGAAAACGAAAAAAAUUAGAUAUAAUUAGAAGAACUUAUGAUACACAAAUAAUAAGAUUGGAAAGAGAAGAAGAAAAUAAAAUAAUUAAUAUUAAAAAAAAUACGAAAAAAAAUAAAACUGCUAUUCACAGAGAAUAUCUUGAAAAAAAAGAGAAGAAGAAGAAAAGGAAAAAAAAUUACUAA